AUGUUCGUGCCACACGCUCUCGCCGCCGCACUGUGCACCGCACUCGCAGCACACGCACUCCCCGCCGCCUCAAGCGACCUCGCACCGCUCCUCACCCCCACCCUCCCCGCCAUCCCUCACGAGCAGCAGCACACCACUCCGACGCUGGCCCACAUCGUCGAGGACAGCUACAUCGUCGUGCUCGACGAAUCACUCUCGGACAACGACAUCGACCACCACCACCAGCUCGUCGACGCCGUCCACUCGACCACCGAGCAUGCGCUCGCCCAGGCCUCGUCAGCCCACGCGCGCAGGCACGGCGUCAAGCACCGCUUCCACGUCGGUGGAAAGAGGCACUCGCACGCCCGCCGCCGCAGCAGCGCUCGCAAGUUGAAGGGCUACUCGGGCUCCUUUGACGAGCGCACCGUCGACCACAUCCGCGCCAUGAAGGGCGUCAAGUACGUCGAGCGCGACUCGCUCGUCUGGGCUUCCGACGUCGAGAAGGGUGCUCCCUGGGGCCUCGCACGCAUCUCGCACCGCAACACCCUCAGCCUCGGAAACUUCAACCGCUACGAGUACGACUCGCAGGCAGGCGAGGGCGUCGACGCCUACGUUAUCGACACGGGCGUCAACAUCGACCACGUCGAGCUCGAAGGCCGCGCGAAAUGGGGCAAGACGAUCCCGAACGACCCGGACCAGGACCUGAACGGUCACGGCUCGCACGUCGCAGGCACGAUCGCCUCGGCCAAGUACGGCGUCGCCAAGAAGGCCAACAUCGUCGCUGUCAAGGUCCUCGGCGCCGGUGGGUCCGGAACCAUGAGCGAUGUCGUCGCUGGUGUCGCCUGGGCGGCGGAUUCGGCCGCCGAGCAGGCGAACCUCAAGGCCCAGGGCAAGAACAAGAAGCACAAGGGAUCCGUCGCCAACAUGUCUCUCGGCGGUGGCAAGAGCCAGGCGCUCGACGACGCAGUCAACGCCGCCGUCGAGGACGGUCUCCACUUUGCCGUCGCCGCCGGUAACGACAACCGCGACGCAUGCUCUUACUCGCCCGCCGCCGCCGAGGGCGCCAUCACCGUCGGCGCGUCGACCAUCUCGGACGAGCGCGCGUACUUCUCCAACCACGGCAAAUGCGUCGACAUCUUUGCGCCCGGACUCAACAUCCUCUCGAUCUGGAACUCGGGGAACCGUAGCGUCAACACGAUCUCGGGGACUUCGAUGGCCUCGCCUCACAUCGCCGGACUCGCCGCGUAUAUGCUCGGUUCCGACUGGGCCGCCUCGGCCGCCCUCGACGAAGCCCUCUCCUCGACCUCGUCCCAGUCGUCGUUCGCCUCGUCGCUCAACCAGUUUGCUUUCGGCGGACUCAAGGGCAAGCCGGAGGACCACCUCCUCAGUCCCAAGGCGCUCAAGAAGGCCAUGUUGAAGAUUGCGACCAAGGGAGCGUUGCAUGACCUCAACCCUGGGUCGCCCAACUUGCUCUCGUUCAACAAGGUCAAGCGCAGCUACACCGCUCCCUCCUCUUCCCCUCCCAAGCGCGGCAAAUGGCGCACCGACUCCUCCGAGGUCGAGUCGUCGCUCGUCGAAGCCUACCUCGAAGACCUCAAGGACGAACUCGAGUCGCUCAAGAGCGAGUUGAGGGACGAGAUUGAGGAGGUUAGCGGGCUCGUGAGGGAGCUUGUCGAGGAGGCGUUCUGA